GUGUGUUUCAGUAGGACGUUAAUGAUUGGUGCACACUAUGACGUCACCAAGCCACAGCGCAAGAAGUCGCCUUCACGAGUUGCUGUUGUAACUCUCAGAAGACGCUAUUGUACUCCUCUCUAGUGCACGUGGCCAAUGAGACAUCCAACAGCUCAUUGGUCAUUAAAACGAAUGCCCCCCUCAGCUACUGUGUGGGAGCGCCACUUUGAGACUAUGGAGCCUGAAGAGCCUAUUUAAGAGGAAGAGGCGGAGCCACAGCUCCACCCCCCCCACACACAUUUAAGAGGAAGAGGAGGAGCCACAGCCCCCCUAUGUUCAAGUGGAAGAGGGAGAACUCUGGAUCACUCAGGAGGGAGAGCAUCUUCUAGGACCAGAGAAGGCUGAUCUCACCAGGUUGCCACUGACUGGUGUCCUCUGCUGUGACUGUAGACCCUGGAGACAAACCACCCGAGUCCUCAAAGCUUCAUCAGAGUGAGGAGAUGAGGGAGGCGGAGCCAAAGAACCCGUAUGUUAUAAAGGAGGAGGAAGUGCCACAGCCAGGUGAGCUGUCGGUCCUCCUCCUCAAUGUGGGUGAUAUUAAAGAGGAAGAGGAAGAGCCACAGUCCCCCUAUGUUAAAGAGGAAGAGGAGGAGCCACAGUCCCCCUAUGUCAAAGAGGAAGAGGAAGAACUCUGGAUCACUCAGGAGGGAGAGCAUCUUCUAGGGCCAGAGGAGGCUGAUCUCACCAGGUUGCCACUGACUGGUGUCUCUGUGAAGACAGACGACCAUGAAGACAAACCACCUGAGUCCUCACAGCUUCAUCAUAGUCCAAGUGAGGAGAUGAGAGAGGCGGAGCCUUCAUGCAGCAGCUCACUGCAACACAUGACAACAGAAGCUGAUGGAGACCACUGUGGAGGAUCACAAGCAGACAACCUCUUAGCUCCACUGUCAGAUAGUGACGACACGACGUCACACUCUCCUGAAGAUGAAGACAGCGACUACAACCAAGAAUCUCUGAGCAGCGAUACAGACUGGGAAGGUGAUAUGACGACUCACACUGGCAACAAACACUCUGAAAGCUCUAAAAAGAAGACCGAUAAGAAUUUUAACUGCUCACUUUGUCAGAAAGAAUUUUCUCGUAAGAGUCACUUGGCUCAACACAUGAGAACACACACAGGAGAAAGACCUUUCAGUUGCUCAGACUGUGGUAAACGCUUUGCUUUAAAGACAAACAUGAAAUCACACAUGAGAACGCACACAGGAGAAAAACCUUUUAGUUGCUCAGACUGCGGUAAAUGUUUCACAACAAAGACGGCAAUGCAAUCACACGUGAGAACACACACAGGAGAAAAACGUUACAUUUGCUCAGACUGUGGUAAAGGCUUCAAUCGUACGUCAGACAUGACCGUACACAUGAGAACACACACUGGAGAAAAACCUUUUCGGUGCUCAGAUUGUGGUAAAUGCUUCUUUCGAAAGACAACCAUGCAAAGACACAUGAGAACACACACAGGAGAAAAACCCUUUACUUGGUCAUACAGCGAUAUGCGAGCAAUGCAAUCACACAUGAGAGCACACAUAGUAGAAAAACCUUUUAGUUGCUCAAACUGUAGCAAAUGCUUCACUAAGAAAACAAACAUGGAAAGACACAUGAGAAUACACACAGGAGAAAAACCUUUCAGUUGCUCAGACUGCGGUAAAGGCUUCACUCAAAAGUCAGCGAUGCAGUUACACAUAAGAACACAUACAGGAGAAAAACCUUUUAGUUGCUCAGAGUGUGGUAAAUGCUUUGCUCGAAAGUCAGACAUAAAAUCACAUAUGAGAACGCACACGAGAGAAAAACCUUUCAGUUGCUCAGACUGUGGUGACACAUUUUCUUGGAAGUCCACUUUGAAAAGACACAUGCAGAGUCACUGAUGGUCUACUGUUUGACUCCCCUCACUUCCAUGCAGGCUGCGUUGCCGUGACAUUGAUAUUCUGUGAACAUGUCUUUGUUCAAUAAAUAAAUCCAUCUUUUUAUUAAGUGCAAAAUAAAAAGUCAUGGUGACUGCAGUGGUUUCAUUUGUAGUUGAAGGUGUUUUAUUUGACUUUGCUGUCAUCACCAAAUGCUGACUUCCAGAUUGCGUCUAUGAGUUGAUUUCUUUUACUGACUUGAGUUAUUAUGAUAUAGUAUCAUAGUAAUAUGAUAAGUAAAUGGUAGUUUUUGCUUUUUUGUCUCAUUUUGCAGUGCCGAUUUGAUGUUGCUGAUUUGAUUUGAUUUGAUUUUUACAAUUGUCAACAAUAAAGGUUCUCAUCUAUUUUCUAUGCCGCUUAUCCUCACUAGGGUGGGAGGGAAUGCUGGAGCCUAUCCCAGCUAUCUUCAGGCGAGGGGUGGGGUACACUCUGUGUGGAGUUUGCAUGUUCUCCCCGUGCAUGCGUGGGUUUUCUCCGGGUACUCCGGUUUCCUCCCACAUUCCAAAAACAUGCUAGGUUAAUUGGCGACUCCAAAUUGUCCAUAGGUAUGAAUGUGAGUGUGAAUGGUUGUUUGUCUAUAUGUGCCCUGUGAUUGGCUGGCCACCAGUCCAGGGUGUACCCCGCCUCUCGCCCAAAGACAGCUGGGAUAGGCUCCAGCAUGCCCGCGACCCUCGUGAGGAUAAGCGGUAUAGAAAAUGGAUGGAUGGAGUAUUGGUAUCAGUAUCAGUGCUUCUCUAUCUGUACUAACUGGGUAUCACAUGGAUUGUCUGU